AUAAAAAGUUAAAAGUAUGAACAAAAAAAAAAAAAUUACACACUGGGGAGUAUAUCAGCAGCAGUUCAGUUCAAUUCAAAAAAAAGUUUAUAUUUUAUUUAAGGAGAACACACAGCACAGAAUUUCUAUCCAAACCAAUUCGACCGGCUGUCGCCGUUCAAAUGAGUAUGCACACCGUCAAGGAGUUCACUUCGAGUGUCUUUCUUUAUUGUGUAGUGUGCCUUUGCUUGUGCCUGUGCAUGAAAUAUGAAAAAAAGCUUUCGUCCGUCGGUGUUGUCGGCAGAGGCAGAGAGGCAACGGCGGUGGCGGCAAUAUGAUAUAUGUACUCUGACUGACUCUGUGUCGCCUAUACUAUAAUACAUACAUGCACAGGGGCGGCGGUGGCUAUGGCUCUGGCGCGGCGCGGCACUGUUGGCGCUGGCUGGUUUAGAGCAGAGGAUUUGGAAUGGGUGAGAGCCGGGAAGCAGCUAACGAAAAAAAAACCAAAACGAUGGAACGUACACGUCUACCAAGAUGACGAAAGUUGUGAAAGAGAAUGAAGUGAGAAUUAAACGCGACGACCGGCGAAGCGACCAACGACGAUGACGACGUGAUCAACUCUACACUCGGGUAGAGCGACUACGAUUUGAUACUCGGAGGAAUUACCAUGAAAGCCAGAAAUUGGGAUUCAAUAUGAGACUAUGGACAUGUCCGACAAGGAAUUUGGCAAGUUUAGUCAACUCUCGAACACUACCCAUCUCCGAGAGGCUGUAAAUAAAAUCCUUAUCCCACGAGUAGUCGGAACCGAAGGUCAUAAAAAGGUACGCAAUUAUAUUGUCAAGUCUUUAGAAGACCUUAACUGGUCGGUGGCAAUCGACAGUUUCGAUGAUGUCGCACCCAUAAAAGGGAAGCUUACAUUUCACAACAUUAUUGCCACGUUCAAUCCGAACGCCGAACGUUACUUAGUUCUGGCAUGUCAUUACGACAGCAAGUACAUGCCUGACUAUGAAUUCCUCGGAGCAACUGACUCUGCCGUCCCGUGUGCCAUGUUACUGAACAUGGCCACUGUCAUGAAGGAACACUUGAACAUAUUCAGAAAUCAAAAACUGAGCCUUAUGUUUAUUUUCUUUGAUGGCGAAGAAGCAUUUAAAGAAUGGGGACCUACCGAUUCAAUCUAUGGUGCCCGGCAUUUAGCGAAAAAGUGGAAGACCGAAAAACUCCUCGAUCGAAUUGAUAUGUUAAUGCUCUUAGAUUUGCUUGGAGCACCAGAUCCAAAAUUCUAUAGUUGUUUCCAAAAUACAGAAAACUGGUAUGCCAAAUUGACAAUAAUCGAGGAUCGAUUGUCCGAAGCUGGAUUGAUGGAACGUUAUUCGAGCAGUGGAAUGACACAACAAGGAGAAUCUCAUAAUCAAUACUUUCAACCGCACUCUCUGAAGACACUAAUUGAAGAUGAUCAUGUGCCAUUUUUGAAUUUGGGUGUACCAAUUGUUCAUUUGAUACCAAUACCAUUUCCAAAUGUGUGGCAUACAAAAGAUGACAAUAUGACCAUUAUUGACUAUACAACUACGGAGAAUAUUAAUAGAAUAUUGAGAAUAUUUGUUAUGGAAUAUUUGCUAUCUUAUGAAGAUGAUGACGACUAUGGUGAUGUUAAUGAAUAGAGAUUAUUUGUGAUUUUAUUUUAUUUUAGCAGAUGAGGCGCUAGGGUUUGGAAUUGUUGCCAAACAACUUCCUAAUCUUUUUAAUCGAAAAUGAUAUUUUUUAAACUUAAAAUAGCAUUUAAGAGUUUUUAAUUUAACCAGUGUUCUUUAAGUUUUUGAAUUGGCAUACUACAAUAAAAAUUGGUUUUAAAAAAAAAUUAGCUCA